AUGGGACGCAAGCUGCACCCGGGCGCAGCGCAGUCUCUUCCUACCGCCGUCGCCCUGGACAGUGUGCGGAGCCAGAAGUUGGAGAUGACGACGGCGAAGGGCGAGAGGCUCGCGAUCGACGGGCAGGUGCACAUGUACACGCCGAACUAUUUGUUGACGCAUCCGUUGGUGAGCCCGGUUGUGAGCUACCUCGGUGGGCUGCCGCCGCUGCUCGUCAGUGCCGGGGAUAAGGAGGUGCUAAGAGAUGAGAUCAUCUACUUCGCGCACAAGGCUGCGCAUCCGGAGAAGUAUCCUGUGAAGCCCGAGUCAAAGUUGUUGUACCCCGCACUAGAGGGGAUCGAGCAGCGAUGCGGGCCGACUAAGGUUCACCUACAAGUCUACGACGAUUGCGCGCAUACGCUUCCGAUCUUAUUCGCGUUUACAACCCCGGGCAAGUAUUGCUUCCGUGCAAUGGCCACAUUCAUCAAGUACGUGACAGGCAUGCUCCCCAAGCCGAGCACGGAAGUGCCCACGAUCCUGGGUAACGAGAACAGAACGACCCUAUCACCUGAGAGUACGCAGAUGAACCUCCUCAGCUCUGCUUCCACGACCCAUGCCAACCAGGAACAAGCCUCGCUCAGCGGACCCUCUCACCUACCAAUUGCCCGGUCUGAGCCUCUGGUGGCUGAUGAUGUCGCUAGUACAAUAAGCUCUCCCUCACUUGCGAACAGCGUCGGCGCCUCGCAGUGCGGCCCUUCCGAAGCUCCUGUCGCGCCCGAGCGCAGAAAGUCGAAACGUCGCGCGUUCAGCGCCAGCGUGUCGCGCGCAAGUAGCUUCCUGCGCCGUCGACACGCGACUUCGGAAGUCGAGGUUCCCCCUAUCCCAAGCAGCCCUCGUAGCCCACCUCAUGGGCACAGUUCAUCACAGUCAUCAGAUGUUGGUGGCCCGCGAUGGCAGUUCCACAGGUCCAGCGCCGACCCUUUACAGCACUAUGCCGGCGAGGUGGACGUAUAUGACAACGGUCUGGAUACAAUGAUCCGCGAACGCAUCUCGACGCGGGGCGUCAUCCGCCCGCUCGAGCCCGAGUCUGAGCUGAGCGCGUUCCGCCUGCCCUCCGAACUCAUCGGCGAGAUCUCGGAGCUUGCGGUGCGACGUUAUAUCGAUGGGACGAUCAAGUUCGGGAAGAAGUUCAAGAAAGCGACGACGGCGAUCGAGAAAGCGCGCACCCGUAACUUGGAGCGCGCACGGCAGGACACGAUGAGGAAUACGGUGCAGCUCCAAGCGUUCCUUCAGACCGACAAAGAACAGGAGGGGACUGACACUGGGGAGAAAGAGCAGGGUGUAGUGGGCGGACAGGCCGUGCAGGGCUUGGUGGCGUCAGGUAGCUGGCAGUGGGCGUGGGCGUUGGACAUGGACGAGAACCCACCGCCGAGCAGCAUUGUAUCGAGACGGGAUACCGAGGAGGCGAGACGGCUGGCCAAGAUUGCGGACCAUGCGGUGCUCACGGAGGAUCAUACAAUGAGCGGGAACAACCUCUGGCAGUUGAUCGUCAACUUCCUUACAACCACCCCUGAUCGCGACCAACACAAGCAUCAUAAGCGCCAUGACCACAACCACGAGCGUGAGGAGAAGCAGGAUACGACGGCUACUAGCGCAGAUAGACCCGUGGACGUCCUCUCACCUGCGCUUCCGUAUACCUCCUUUCUCUCGUAA